UUUGAGUGCCAUUUACGAAAAUACACGCAUGUAGGUAUUUCGGGUGGCACCUGCUGCUAAAACAGGUGAAAAGAUUCCUUUUAAAAUGAAAUUUAUAUUUUUCAUCAAUUUAUUUUAGUUUUACUACGUUGAAUUGUUUAAUAUUCGUACGUGCGGAAUAUUAAAUGAACUCAACAAAACGAAUAAAGUAAUGCAAGCAAUCGUGCCGUUUUUGUUGACACGAUUUGCAAUAAUUUAAUGAAAAAGAGCAAUACGUCAAAAAAUAUUAUAUUUGAUUGUGUAAAAAUGUCUUCGGAAGCUUCCUUGAGUGAUGUGCCAACUGUUGUGUCGAGACUGCAUAAUUUACGCUUAGGUCAAGAAGACGGUGAUGAACCGCAACAAAAUGUGAAUUUUACUAUAUCUGGAGAUUCGUCUUCAGAACCUGUACGAAAUAUUCAACCCAUUAGCAAUGUUAUUCUUUCACGUGCCAGACGUGCGCUUAAUUUUGUUUGCGAUGAAGAUCAACCAACUUCAUCAACAGCAAGAGGAGAAUCUUCACCUUUAAAUGGUGAUAAGCCUCCAACAAAUGUAGCAAAUACAUUACAUUUGGAAGGAAGAUCUCAAGAUACUGUUGCUUUGGAAAAUACAUCUACAAAUGGUCAAGCAACAGUAGCUUAUAAUUGGCAAGGUACAAAGGCAACAAUGCGUGAAAGAAUUGUUUUUCUUUUCAAUAAUGAAAUAUUAUCAGAUGUGAGCUUUAUAGUAGGAAGAGGAUCACAAAAGCAGCGUAUACCAGCUCAUAAACUAGUCUUAUCUUCUGGAAGUGCAGUUUUUGAUGCAAUGUUUAAUGGAACACUUGCUACAGCUUCUUCAGAAAUAGAAGUACCUGAUGUAGAACCUGCUGCUUUUUUGGCAGUACUCCUUUUUUUAUAUACAGAUGAAAUACAAAUAGAUCCGGAAACUGUAAUGACAACAUUAUAUACAGCUAAAAAAUAUGCAGUGUCUGCUUUAGAAAAGCAUUGUGUAGAUUAUUUAAAAAAUAAUUUAACCAGUGAUAAUGCAUUUCUUCUUUUAACACAAGCUCGUCUUUUUGAUGAGCCACAAUUGGCUGCAGUAUGUUUGGAUACUAUAGACAGAUUUACUACAGAAGCUUUGAAUGCUGAUGGAUUCACAGAUAUUGAUAUUGAUACAUUGAAAAUUGUUUUGGAAAGAGACACUCUUCGUGUUAGAGAAUCUAAAAUAUUUCAAGCAGUUUUAAGAUGGUCAGAAGCAGAAUGUAUAAGACACCGUUUACCAGUUACUCCAGAAAACCAACGUUUUGUCUUGGGUAAUGCUUUUUCAUUGAUUCGUUUUCCUUUGAUGUCAAAGGAAGAAUUUACAGCUGGCCCAGCACAAUCUGGACUUCUUAAUUAUUCAGAGGUUCUUUCUUUGUUUUCAUACUUUAUAUUAAAUCCAAAACCAGUAGUAGGAUUUCAAACAAUGCCACGCUGUUGCAUGACUGGUAAAGAACAAACUGUAUGCAGAUUUCAACAUACUAAAAGUGGGUGGGGAUAUAAUGGAACAAGUGACCGUAUAAGAUUUAGUGUUGAUCGACGCAUAUUUCUUAUUGGCUAUGGAGUCUAUGGUAGCAUACAUGGCCCAGCAAUAUAUGAAGUAUUAAUUGAAUUAAUACAUACUGCUUCUGGAAAAGUGAUUGCUACAAAUUCAACAAAUUUUAGUUGUGAUGGUUCAAAAUAUACUUAUCGCUUAAUGUUUAAAGAAUUAGCGGAAAUUCUACCAAAUACGAUUUAUACUGCAUCAGCAACUUUUAAGGGUCCUUAUUCACAUUAUGGAAGUAAGGGCUUAAAAACAGCUAUGGUAGAUAGUGAUUCAGGAAAUGGGAAAGUUAAAUUUGAAUUUAGUAUUGAAACAGGAGAUAAUAAUGGGACGUCUUCUGAUGAAGGGCAAAUUCCUGAGCUUAUAUUUUAUACUUAAGAACUCAUGUACAUAAUGAUGACAUUCCAUUUAUCAGUUUCAUUAUCUUUCAAAAUUUAUUACAUUAAAUUAUAUUAUAUAACAUAAUGUAAAUGUUAUAUAUCAGUUUCUUUGUCAAUUAUGUAUUUUAUUAAUGCUUAAAAAACUGAGUAUGUUUGAAAGAGUUUUAAACUUUGUUUGUAUUAUAAAUGAAAAAUAAUUUUUUAUAUCUUGUAUCUACUUGAAAGUAUUGAAAAGAUUUCAAAGGCCUUAUUAGGAGAAGAGACUGAUUCGUAUUACUGAUGUAAAAUUAAAAUUAAAAUGAAUUACUUAUUUUUAAUUAGUUAUUUUAAUAGUCAAUUUCUUCAAAAGUAAAACUUAAUUUCCUAUCAAACCUUAGCAUAAAUAAGGAUUUUAAAAAUUUUAAAGACAAAUAAAUUUUAAUAAGGCAAACAAACUUGAAGAAGGUAACCAUAUAUUAAAUAACUUACAAAUAUUAAUAUUUAUGAUUAAGGACAAUCUAUUUUUCUAUUUCUUAAAAUAAUAUGUACAUGAGUGGUAUAUUUACAUAUAAUAUUUACAAAUCUGCGUGAAAAAAUAGUGGUCUCAUUGUCACUGUUUAUAAAAAAUUAUUCUAAUAAUUUUCUUCCUGAUAUAUAAAAUAUUAGAAAGUA